CCACUGAAAGCAGAAGUCACAGCUUGAGCCGAGAAUGUUGGAGGGGCAGCGGCACGAUUCCUUCAGCACAAGGUGACAGGAGUGCCACUGCUGCAACGGUUUCUGGAGCCCCGGGUGGGAGCCUGCAGGUGCUGGCCAUCAGAGCCCUGCCCCAAAGCGUCCGGCUGCCAGCAGUGGGCCCUGCUGGCGAAUCAGAAUGGAAUCCUGUCCAUGAGCCUGAGGGGAAUGCUGGAGGUGUGAGUGGAGGAGGUGAUCCAGCUUCCCCUCUGAGUUCCAAGACCGAAACCCGGGCGGAUGGCAUGGGUCUGGAAAGGGGAAAGGAUGAAUCCAACAGAGGAAAGUCCUCCCAGGGGUCUUACCAUCCGAGAGAGCUGCUGAAGGAAAUGGAAGUGGCAGCUCCUGGGCUGAAUGCAGGGAAAAGCACAAAGGCUGCUGUUGGCAGAUCUGUGCGGCAGCGCCACGUGGCAGUGAUGGUGCUGCUCUCAGCUGUGCUGCUGUCUGCGCUGGUGCUGGCCUGCGUUGCUGCGUCGCGGACGUGGAACACAUGCCUUGUGUGCAAGAGGGGAGAGAGAGCAGCAGAGCGAGCUCAUCCUGACACCAGCUGGGAGGGAGUUCCAGCUGGAGAUGAAGUGGAGAGUGGAGAGGCAACGAGAGAGAUCCUUGCCCAAGCCAACAAGAACCUCAGCAAUAGUUCCAGUCCGUUCCGUUCUGCCAUCCCAGAGGCCAGAGGUGUUCAGACUCGUCUGGAAGACCUGGAGCGUGAACUCCAAGCCAUGAAAGAGGUCCGUGGGAACAGUGGUGAGUGCUGCUUCCCGUCAGAGGACGGCCCUGGAAGUGAGAGCGGAGGAUCAGCGGCAGAGCAUUUGCCCUUCACCCUCCGUUCCCCAGGACGAGUAUCACCAAUAGUUCGAAGGUUCUUAGCUCGCCAUAGCUACAAUCCUUUUGAGGGUCCCAAUGAGGACCCAGAAAGCGAGCUUCCUCUGACUGCCGGGCAGCACGUUUAUGUCUUUGGAGAUGUGGAUGAGGACGGCUGGUUUCUGGGAGAGCUGACGGAUGGCACGAGAGGGCUGGUCCCUUCCAGUCUGGUGACAGAGGUUUCAGAUGAUGAGCUGGACACAACGAUGCCUCCCGAGCUCUGUGAUCUGCUGGAAACGGAUGAUUAAGUCGAUGCAAAGAGUCCAUAAUUCAGCAACAUCCUGUCGCAAUUCUUGCCUCACUCCAUCUGCAAGACGACCCCCCGCUCCACUUGAUGUUCAAGUGAAGUGUGAGCAGGAUGUGGAUGAGCUCCUCCUGGGACGAUCUGAGAUGACUGACAGUGCGACUGCGUGGUUUUAUCGUAUAUUAAAAAUAGUUUUAAAAACUAACAAGCAGCACUGUUCUUUUUCUUUUUUGUUGAGGUGACACUUUUUCUAGCUGAGAUUUUGCAAGAGUCUUGA